AUGCCCGACCUCACCGCAACACUCCUGGAAUCAUUCCCCAUAUCAGUUCUCUUAUCAGGACUGAUUGCCAUGGGUUUGCUGACAUGGCUUCGUCCUAAGGGCCGUAUAGCCUUCCACCACGCCAAAGACAACAAGUUGACCCUGACCAAGAUCUCUGGCGCCGCGGGAGCUCAAGAACAAACCACAUUUGUGGAUGUCUGUCGGUCUGCAACACCAGAAACAUGCAACCUAAACCCUUUCUUGUUCAACGGUCAUCUUCAGACCUGUUGGACUACUCUGAAACAUGACAAUGUUCCUGUUUAUUAUAAGCGGAAGAUGUUCGAGUCCACUAGUCCUGGAUUUGCGGGCCAUUUCGCCAUGGAUUUUGUGGUUGCACCGUACGACCUCCCUCAAGACCCCGAACUUCUUGAUGAAGCAAGAAUCCACACCCAAGAGUCUGGUAUGCCGCCACGCACGUCACUUUUCUCUCGGGAUGAAUUCUCCGCGCUUCCUUCAGAUGAUACCAAGCCCAUGCUUGUGCUACUUCACGGCUUGAGUGGUGGCUCCCAUGAAGUGUACUUGCGCCAUAUCUUGGCGCCCCUUAUCAAAGAUGGCUCUUGGGAAGCAUGUGUUGUCAACUCGAGAGGAUGUGCCCAGACAAAAAUCAGUACCGGUGUUCUUUACAACGCUCGGGCUACCUGGGAUGUUCGUCAGGCCGUGAAAUGGCUCAGAGAGAAGUUCCCUAAUCGCCCUCUUUUCGGAAUUGGCUUCUCGCUUGGUGCCAAUAUCCUUACCAACUAUCUGGGAGAGGAAGGUGAUGCCUGUCAGUUGAAGGCUGCCGUAAUUUGCGCGAGCCCGUGGAACCUAGAAAUCAGCUCUCUGGUGUUGCAAAGUUCCUGGAUCGGCAAGGAGGUAUACAGCAAGACCAUGGGAACAAGCAUGAAAAAGCUGUUCGAAGCACAUGUUGGACAGGUUUCCAAAAACCCUCGCAUCGAUGUCGAUGGAAUCAGAAAUAUCACCUACCUCCAUGAAUUUGACCGAGCUCUGCAAUGUCCAACUUGGGGUUAUCCCACCGAGGGCGCCUAUUACCGUGAUUCCACUUCUACCGACUCUAUGCUUGCUAUCAGGAUUCCUUUCCUUAGUAUCCAAGCAGAGGAUGAUCCUAUUGCUUGCCGAGAGGCUCUUCCUUACCAGGAAAUGACUCAAACACCUUAUGGAGUCAUGUUGACUACAUCCUGGGGUGGUCAUCUGGGCUGGUUCGAGUUGGGAGGGGCCAGGUGGUUUGUCAAACCGGUGACAAACUUCUUGAAUACAAUGGCUAGGGAGAUCGAUACGAAUAUUCCAGGUAUUGUUGAGCACCCCGAGCGACUUCCUGGAAACAUUGCCAGCCACGAUGCCCCCAACAAAGAUGCCGAUGUGGCACCUAAGCCUGAGUUCAGCGCGAUGCGACGCAAACUUGCGCUACCUUUGGGGCUGUAA